CUUGCACGCAAAAGAGGCUGCAGCGGCCGGCAAUAAGAGCGAGCAGCAGAGCUCCGCAGUGGCCAAACGCCUGUUGCGGCGGAAACGGGGGCCCGGAACGCUUUCAAGCCCUGCUGCCUCUUCGCUUAAUUCAUCAAGACAUACGCAGCAGCGUAAGCUGAAGGUACGUUAGUUGGAGCAUGCAUGCGCGCGCGGCCAAGGAACCCAGUUCCGUCCCGGAGAUGGGGCCCAAGAGACUCGGCUAAAAGCCCGAGGCGACGGCUCGCCUGGCCACAAAGCUCUUGCCGAACUUAAUACAACAGUAAUUGCAUACCAAGCUUGCUUACGCCAGGCCACCUAUACUAGGGGUACUCAACGCUAAAGGCUUCACCGGUCCUUGUUUCGCUCGGCGGGUUCCUCACCUGGCCUGCUUGCGCCUGAAGCAAGGUUGCCGUAAGCACAGAGUUUGCUCCUAGCAUUUUAGAAGAGAGCGCAGCGCCGGUGAGUGUUCCGGGUGGUUCCUUUGCUCCAGGCCGCGGACCCUGCUGUUUGGCUUCUUUUGACGGCUUUGAAGGAGUCUCGCAGCCUGCAAGGGCAUGCAUGUGCUCUCUGAAGCUUGCUUGUGAUCUUGAAACUGGGUGAAGCGCAUACUCGGCGCACAAGCAACAUGCGUUGACCAAUUCCUGAUCGGCCAAAAUACUUUGCCCGCCGCGCGCGUGCAGGCAUUCUCCCGGCUACACGGGAGACGGAUGUAUGCCGAUGAUGGAACUGCUGGCUACGGCCUGACUGCCAAUGCUGCUGGUGUGAUGGAGCUGCCAGCACGGCGGCGGUCGCUGCCCGCUGCUUGCUUUGGAGGACGACAUGGCUUUGGGGAGGGCGACGACGACCUCCAACAACUGCAGAUGUUCCAGCCGGACACCGUCGAGCUGUCCCCGUGGAAGACGGGCGGCACCUCCUGGAUGGGUAGUCCCCGAGCGACGACAACACCUGCUGGGGCGGCGGCUUCGGGGCCCUUCUGCUGCCAAAACACCGUGGCAAUGGAUGACAGCAUCCUUUGCGGAUGCAUCAGUAGUGGCAUCCUGCUAGGAUCCCCGCCCUUUGCCAGCCCGCUGGUGGAGUACCUUCCGGUGGCGCCCGCCAGCCCGACGCGGCCCACUCUCGAUGGCGAGGGCCUGCUGACGACUGACACUGCUGGCGACGCGCCGUCCCCGAUUGCGUUCCACUGGCGGUCCUGUGCCGACGGCAUGGCUGUGGCGCUGCCAAUGUUGAUGACUGGGCUCUCGCCGCCAUCGACGAGCAAAGUCGUGGGACGCGGGCUGCUGGCGGCGGCGGGUGCCUCAGCGCCGGUACUGGGCUACUCCGCCAGCAGCAGCAGGCCGCCGGCGGCCGGCGCAACGAGCACUAGCAGCGUGGAGAGCAGCAGUGGCAUGAUGAUGCCGAUGCCGGCGGGCUUUAUGGCCACGCCGCCGGCACUGCCGCCGCCGGCGCCAUCGGCGGCGGGCGGCCAGGCCAUCAUGGGCCCUUCCGCUGCUGCAGCAGUGGCUGCGGGCGUGCAGCCGACACGCCGCUCAACCCGCGCUAGGGUCAUUCGUGACGCAGCCACUGGUGCCGCCGGCUGCGCCGCCACCGCCGCCGCCGCCGCUGCCCCCCAGCAGCCCACGGCGGCCCGGCGGCGGUACAAGAAGGACGAGCCGCAGCGGCGGGUUGAGCAGCGUACCCCGCCGCUGCCGCCCGUGGCUCCGGCCACCAUGGCAGCGGGGGCGGCAGCGGGACAGCAGCCACAGCAGGCCGGGUGCAAGCCUGCGGCUGCUGCGGCUGCUGUGGGCAGCAAGCGCAGCCGCGGCGCUGAAGGUGCGGCAUUGGGGCCGGCGGCGGUGCGGCAGGAGGGUGGUGAUGGUGUGCAGCCGGUGGCGAAGCGGCAAGCGGUGCCGCGGCACGCAACCACCGCCACCGCUGCGGCACCCGGACCCGCCGCGGCCGCAUCCGCGGUGGCCGCACUUCACCCCACCCAGCGGCUCCGGCUGCUGCUGCAGGCGUGCGCAGCAUUCGCACGCGUGCGCGGCGGGCUGGCCCCGGCGGUGGCGGCAGCGGUGCCGCCCACGCAGCAGCCACCACAUCCUCACCAGCACCAGCAACACCACCAGCACCGGCCGCUGCAGCUGGAGAACACCAACCGCAUGCCUCCUGGACACCAGCAGCAGCAGGCCACACCGGCGCAAGCGGCCGCGCGGGUUCCCGCAAUAAUGCCAUGGCAGGCGCAGUCACAGGCGGCCCAGCAGCAGCACCAGCAGCAGCAGCAGGUGCUCCCGGCCUGCUGCCUUGAGGCAGCGCUGCAGCCGCAGCAGCACCACCACCACCAGCUGCACCAGCAGCAGCUGCUGCUGCAGCAGCAUCGCAACCAGCAUCAGCUGCACCAGCACCACCACCAGCAGCAGGCGGCCGCGCUGCCGCCGGUGCAAGUAGCGCCUGCGCAGGCGGUGCCGGUAUUGUCGUCGCAGCAGCAGUACUGGCAGGCGCAGGCACAGGCACAGGCGCAGGCGCAGGCGCAGGCGCAGGCGCAGGCGCAGGCGCAGGCGCAGGCGCAGGCCCAGGCCCAGGCCCACGCCCACGCCCACGCCCACGCCCACGCCCAGCAGGCGCAGGCCCAGGCCCAGGCCCAGGCGCAGGCGCAGGCCCAGGCCCAGGCCCAGGCCCAGGCGCAGGCGCAGGCGCAGGCGCAGGCCCACGCGCAGGCCCACGCCCACGCCCACGCCCACGCCCACGCGCAGGCGCAGGCGCAGGCGCAGGCGCAGGCGCAGGCGCAGGCGCAGGCGCAGGCGCAGGCGCAGGCGCAGGCGCAGGCGCAGGCGCAGGCGCAGGCGCAGGCGCAGGCGCAGGCGCAGGGGCAGGGGCAGGGGCAGGCGCCGCCGCCGCCGCCGCAGCAGCAGCAGCAGGCGGGCUCGGCUGGCCGUGCGCUGCCACAGCAGCAGCCUCAGGUGUCCCAGCAACUCCACGGGCAUUACUACCAGCAGCACCAGCAGCUGCUGUGGGACGGCAUUAACAGCAGCGUGCCCGCUACUGGGUAUAACCACCAGCACCACGACCACCACCACCACCACCACCACCACCACCACCACCAGCAGCAGCAGCAGGCCGCACCGGCGCAAGUGGCUGUGCAGAUGCAGUCAAUGCCAUGGCAGCACUGGCAAGCGCAUGCAUACUGGCAGCACGUGCACGUGCAGCGGCACCGGCAGGCGCAGUGGCAGGCGCACGCGCGGCGGCAGGCGCAGUUGCGGCAGCAGUGGCACGCGCAGCACCCGCAGGCGGGCGCGAACUACUACGUGCCACAGCCUCAGCAGCAGCACAGCCAGCAGGCCUACAUUGCAUGCCCUGCUGUGCCGGCGGCAUCACCGCUGGAGCAGCAGUGGUGCGAGGGCGCUCAUGGCGUUUGGUGCGCGAUGCCCGCCAUCCCAGCACCUGCCUACAACGGCGGGAACAACCAGCAGCAGUAGCAGGCGGCGGCCGUGCCGCUUGAUUUCGAUGUUCGUCCGACGGGUUUCGGGGCAUGGGGUCUGGCAAACCCCAUAGCCACGCACAUUCAUUUGGCUCCUAGGGGCUUGGGUGCAGUAAGCGUACAUAUGACGUACCAGUAUGCUACUGCUACAGUUCGUAAGCAGGCUGGGAAACGCCUGCGAUAGAUCAGAGCGAGGCUGUCCACGGCGCACGUGUAUACGGCUACGAGCGGUUGCAGUGGCACAAAAUCAAUGCGCUGUAAUAACGUGCUGCAGCAGUACGGUACUCGUGAUUAAGACUCGCUGCUUCCUUGCGAUUACGCACUGCUGAACGGUGUGUACGGUGCUGCAAAAUACGGUAUAGGCGCCGCGGGCGGGGUUGGUCUUACUUUAACUGACGUAGGCCGAAUGCCAGGGUCGUAUGUCUGAUAUGAUAUGUGUGUCAGCAGGGGAUAGGGAGACAAAUGGUAGAGACGAUGAAGGGGAAGGAGAAUGGAGAUGAUAGGCAAUCGGUUGGCAAAGAUGAUUGGGCUUUGCCCACACCGUCACAGGCGUAGGGACCGCCGUUGACAUGUCCAUCCCUUCAUCAGGUGGUACACGGGGAUGUUCCAUUCCUUGUUCUUGUUUGCUGUUGAUAUACGUGCGUGUAGGUUGCGGUGCGAUACCGGAAUGAGGAUCAGGCCUGCGCUAGCUUGCAUCGGGCAUUCGGGCGCGUGCGUGCACGUGCCGACUACGUGCGUGACGGAACUCGAGUGCGGCGGGUUGUGGCUUUGAUUGUGGAGCAUGAGCCGCCUUCCGCUCUGGUCUGCGUACGCUUUAGUUCCGCAACACUC